AAAAGUAGAAGUAAUGUUAAAUGAUGUCACUCACUCAUCAAACAGAAGAGUGGAAGAGAAAUAAAUUACGUAAAUAUCCACAAUAAUUUUAAAUUACUCUAGAUUUAUUGACAAUUAAAUUUUUUGAUUACAAAGAUGUUACGAACUGCACUUGUACCGUUCAAAGAAACCGUUAUAGCCCCAAAUAUAUUGAGAACUUUAACAGGUAGUUUUGGAAAUGUUCAAUUCCAAAAAAGAGACCAAUCAACUCAACCUGUCCCAGCUGACAGACCAUAUUCUCCCUUUAAACCAAACAAAAGCAAUUUAGGAGAAUACGCCUUUGCCCGGCUUGACGAUCUUCUCAAUUGGGGACGAAAAAAUUCUAUAUGGCCCCUUACUUUUGGUCUAGCCUGUUGUGCUGUAGAAAUGAUGCACAUCGCUGCCCCUAGAUACGAUAUGGACAGAUAUGGUGUAGUCUUCAGAGCUUCCCCACGUCAAGCAGAUGUAAUUAUUGUAGCAGGCACUUUAACUAAUAAAAUGGCACCAGCUUUAAGAAAAGUAUAUGAUCAAAUGCCUGAACCAAGAUGGGUUAUUUCAAUGGGAAGUUGUGCUAAUGGUGGUGGAUAUUAUCAUUAUUCUUACUCAGUUGUAAGGGGUUGUGAUAGAAUUAUUCCUGUGGAUAUUUAUGUACCUGGGUGUCCUCCAACAGCCGAGGCCCUCCUUUAUGGAGUUCUGCAAUUACAGAAAAAAGUUAAAAGAAUGAAUACUUUACAGAUGUGGUAUAGAAAAUAAAACAUUUGUUUGAAUUUAGCAAAUUAAGUACAUCCAAUGUUCAAGACCAUUUUGAUUGUAAAUAAUUGUCUUUUUUGAUUAUUGUAAGUCUAAGUGAUUUCUGUUGUAUUUACUUACAGAAGUGUAAUAAAUUAUUUCGAUUCCA